AUGGUAUCCUCAGAUAAUGCUAUUAUUUUAAAGCCAACAGGCGAUCCCAUGCCACUCAUUGGUUUCGGUACAUGGCAAAUACCUAAAGAUAUAGCUGCUGAUACUGUUUAUCAUGCUUUAAAAAAUGGUUAUCAAUUAUUAGAUGGAUCACCUGACUAUGGUAAUGAAAAAGAAGUGGGUGACGGAAUUAAGAAAGCAAUUGAUGACGGGUUUGUAAAACGCGAAGAUAUUUUCAUCACAUCCAAGUUAUGGAACACUUAUCAUAAAAAAGAACAUGUUAGACCAGCUCUUGAGAGAACGCUUAAUGAUCUUAAUGUGAAAUAUUUAGAUCUCUAUUUGAUUCAUUUCCCUAUAUCAUUGAAAUAUGUUGAUCCAAAAGAACGUUAUCCUCCUGAAUGGUAUUAUGACACUAAGAAUAAGGUUUGUAUUCAAGAAGAUGUCACUAUUAGAGAAACAUGGGAAGCUAUGGAAGAAUUGGUUGACGCUGGAUUAGUUAGGAAUAUUGGAGUUUCUAAUUUUAAUGCAGUGCUAAUAAUGGAUUUGUUGAAAUAUGCACGUAUCAAACCAUCAGUGCUACAAAUAGAACACCAUCCAUACUUGACACAAGAACAAUUGGUAGAUUAUGCAAAAUCUCAAGGUUUGGCAGUGACUGCCUACUCACCUCUAGGUUCAAGUAAUUAUGCGGUGACAAGUGACGUGGGUAUUCCUCACAUUUUAAAUGCACCUAAAUUGGAACAGGUUGCAAAUAAAUAUAGUAAAUCUACUGCUCAGGUGGCACUUCGUUGGGCAAUUCAACGUAACAUUGCAGUUAUACCAAAAUCAAUCAAUCAAAAUAGAAUUGUUGAAAAUUCUAAAAUUUUAGAUUUUACUUUGACUGAUGAAGAAAUUAAAGAAAUCUCUUCGUUAAAUAGAAAUAUAAGAUCUAUUGAUCCUGGUACAUUGUUUGGGAUUCCUAUUUUUGCUUGA